ACUUUCUCUCUCUCUACAACUCCCAACCAAUCCUUUUACCCUUCAAACGGUGCGGAUCACAUGACGGACUACCGGAUACCGCCGACGAUGAAUCUAUGGACGGACGACAACGCGUCCUUAAUGGAGGCGUUUAUGAGCUCAUCCGAUAUGGCGUCGUUUUGGGCGGCGCCGCCGGCCCAGCCCACACCUCAACCCGCUCACGCUCCGCCCCAGCCGCAAUCCUCGGCGUCCACCUCAGACUACCCCAAGGCCCCUGUUGCCGCCCAAUUCCAGCCGUCCGCCACGCCCUUCAACCAGGAAACCCUCAUGCAGCGCCUACAGGCCCUGAUCGAAGGCGCGCGUGAGAGCUGGACCUACGCCAUCUUCUGGCAGUCUUCCUACGACUACUCCGGCGCCGGCGCCGUUCUUGGAUGGGGCGAAGGAUUUUAUAAAGACGAGCGGGACAAGGUUAAGGCCAAGGCGAAAACGACGACGUCCGCCGCCGAACAAGAGUACCGCAAGAAAGUCCUCCGAGACCUGAAUUCCUUGAUUUCCGGCGCCGACACGUCAGCAGACGACGCCGUCGUUGAUCAGGAAGUGACUGAUACUGAGUGGUUCUUUCUGGUGUCCAUGACUCAGUCGUUCGUCAACGGCGGCGGGCUCCCGGGUCAGGCCUUCUUUCACUCCACCCCGGUCUGGGUUGCUGGACCGGACCGGCUGGCGGCCUCGGCGUGCGAGAGGGCGCGUCAGGGUCACGUGUUUGGGCUGCAGACUAUGGUUUGCGUUCCGACGGCGAAUGGGGUUGUGGAGUUGGGCUCGACCGAGCUCAUCUACCAGACCUCCGAUCUGAUGAACAAGGUCAGGGUUUUGUUCAAUUUCAACAAUUUGGAGGUCGGUUCUUGGCCUAUGGCAGGCGCCGCCGCCGCCGCCGCCGAUCAGGGCGAGAACGACCCUUCGCUCUGGCUCAACGACCCGUCGACCACCACCAUGGAAGUGAAGGACCCGGUGAAUGCUUCGGCACCCACCAGCACCAGCAACCAGCCCAUUUCAAAGCCGAUUCAGUUCGACAACCACCCGAGCUCCAGUAGCUUAUCCGAGAACCCAAGCCCGGUUCAAGUACCACAAUUACAGCAGCAAGUACAACAACAACAGCAAACGCAGAGCUUCUUCACCAGGGAGCUCAAUUUCUCCGACUACAACGGAUAUGACAGGAGCAGCGUGAAGAAUUCGACUUCCAAUUCGCAUUCGUUGAAGCCCGAAUCGGGCGAGAUUUUGAAUUUCGGGGAGAGCAAGAGGAGCUCUUACAGCGCCAACGGGAAAUUGUUCUCGGGGCAUUCCCAAAUCGCCGCCGCUGAGGAUAACAACAGCAAAAAGAAGAGGUCCCCGCCGUCGCUGGGUAGCAACGAGGAGGGGAUAUUGUCCUUUAGUUCGGGAGUGAUUUUGCCGUCCAGCGGUGUGGGGAAAUCCAGCGGCGUUGCCGAUUCAGACCACUCGGACCUCGAAGCGUCGGUGGUUAGGGAGGCGGAUAGUAGCCGAGUUGUUGACCCGGAAAAACGACCCAGAAAACGGGGACGGAAACCGGCGAAUGGGAGAGAAGAGCCACUGAAUCACGUGGAAGCAGAGCGGCAAAGAAGAGAGAAGCUUAACCAGAGAUUCUACGCGCUCCGAGCAGUAGUCCCAAACGUAUCGAAAAUGGACAAAGCGUCGCUGCUUGGAGACGCCAUAUCCUACAUCAACGAGCUCAAGUUGAAGCUGCAGACGGUAGAGACGGAUAAAGAGGAGUUGCAGAAGCAAUUGGAGUCGAUGAACAAGGACUUGCCCAGCAAAGAUUCGAGGUCGUCGGGUUCGACCGUGUUAGAGCACGAAAUGAAAGGGUCUAGCAGUAAAUUGUUAGACAUGGACAUUGACGUGAAGAUAAUCGGAAGGGACGCCAUGAUUCGAAUUCAGUGUUGCAAGAAGAACCACCCGGCCGCGAGGCUAAUGGCGGCUCUCAAGGAGCUCGACUUGGAAGUACACCACGCCAGCGUUUCUGUAGUCAACGAUUUGAUGAUCCAACAAGCCACCGUGAAAGCGGGUAGCCGGAUUUACACGCAGGAUCAGCUCCGGUUAGCUCUACAUUCCAAAGUUGGCGAUGCCCGCCAGAUUUGACAGUCCAUCCGGUAACAUUAUCCUAUGCGAUCCGAUCCGAUCCGAUCCAAUUGGUGGUUUAGAGCGAUGGGACAUUUUAAGGCUCCCAGAAAUGCAGAGAGCUCUGCUCUGUAGUCUGUAAUAUAGUUAUUCUACGACGUCGUACGUCGUCGUCUUUCGGGUGGCUUUUGCUUAGUUCGUAAUUGGUUAUACUAGUAUAGAAUUGAGUUCAAGGUUAUCUGGAUUGGAGGAGUUUAAGGUUGUUUGGAUUUGAGGAGCCGAAACCACUCGAACAAUUUUUCUCUGUUCUCUUUCUUUUUUUGGAAUGUGUAUAUGUAAAUUGGAAGCUCUCAAGUAUGUAUUAUUUGGGAAUUGUGUUUCAGAACGGAGACUCUGCCUCGGGAGUUUUUUGCUUUAUCUAAUAAGUUGAAAUUUCUGCA